GAAAAAUGAGCCCCUCGGCUCGCGACUUCAGUGCAGCGACGCCCGCAGUUUAUUUGCCAUCACCGAUCAGCGCCCGCCCGCCUCGAGAUGCGGCGCAUCAAGUCAAUCAAGUGACGCGCGGCAACAUGUGCGCCGACGAGUCCCUCGGCGUCGGCUACGGCAAGUACGGCAGGUGCUGCUGCGUCUUCUCCUGCCUUUCCGUCGCCGCCGGCAUCGCCCUCCUCUUCCUCGGCCUUUUUCUCGCGCUGCUCGGCCUCCUUCAAUCUGCAGGUCACAACGCCAUCCGCGUGCCGGGAUUCAUUCUGCUUGGCACUGGAUGCUGUCUUCUGCUGCUGGCCGCGGUGGCAGCCCUGUGCCCAGGCGGCCGGGAAUGUUGUCUACACGUGCAGGACUACUGCGUGCAACACGGCUCGAGGUCGCAGGUUGGAGCCAGCGUGGAUGGGCUCUCGGUCGACUCCGUGGACUGCGACCCACCUCCUCAACUGAGAGUGAUUCCGCCGACCCCGAUGCUGUUGGACGGAACGUCUCUCGACAGGCGACCUGAGACUGCCCCUGACUUUUUACCCUCCAUCAUGCGGUGAUUAUUUUUAAAAAUCAAAUAAAUUAUGUAUGCAAAAGUAAAGAAAAUAAAAGGACGUUUAUAUUUUUAA